AUGGAAGCCUCGGACGUGCUUCCGACGCCCGCGUCCUUCCUUCUGCAGGCCAUUGCCAUGGAGAUCCUCAAGGUCCCGCGCGGAGAGAGGAUCGACCUCCCGACGCAGGCGCCAGCGCAUGACCGAGUCCUCGCGUGGCAGUUUACGGUGCAUGCGUUCGAUGUCGGGUUCCGCGUCGAGGUCGACGGCGCGCCAUGCGACCAGUUCCGCCACCGGUAUCAAGCAGCUGAUAAACUCGUCGAAGGAAUCCUCGAGGACGUCCCGGUCGGUAGCCACGUUGUGCUCACAUGGGACAACCAGUACUCGCGGCUCCGCAGCAAGAAGGUGAGCUACCGCCUGCUAUGGACAACGCACGAGGCGCUCCAUGCUGCGCGGGAAGCCGCGAAUGAGUACAACAUCAAGUACAACAACGACGUCUACCGCGCCCGCUCGACGAGCGCGGUCGACCGCCCGAAGGCGUUCCGAAGCCCGCGGACAACGGCUUCGCAUGAUGCGCUCCUGCAGCGCCUUGAGACCGCCGUCGUCGACACCGUCUCGCUCUUCAUGGAGCAGCCCAACGUGCCACUACAUGCAGGUGCUGCAAGGGACCUCGUCCUCGCGCUUGAGGCCAUCUUGCGCCACGGCAUCCACGUUCACCCCGCCGAUAUGUACGACGAGUGGCCCGAAGAAGCGUAUUUUGGAUUCCUUAUCCAAACGCGCGAUGUGCUUCGGGACGAUGCGUCUGUGGUUGCUGACGCCCAGCUCUUUACACCGCCGCCGUCGAUGCGCUACGUGGGUUGGAGCCGAGCCCGCGCCUUCCUCUUCUACGCGCUCAACCGCGGGCUGCUCCACCGUGCGUUGGAGAACCUCGUCAAGCGCCGCAGUCUCGUCGACCGCUAUUACGCUCCAGAGAUUGCAUUUCUGGGGUCAUAUGCGCGCGCCAAGGCGGCGAUUUCGCUUCUCUCGGCGCUGCAUGGCGUUACCUUUGCCCUCGCGCCGCUCCAAGACGACCUGAAUGUAUCGUUCGCAACAUUUCCCCCCACGCUCUACAUGGAAGACGCCAUGGCGCCCUUCGCAACGUCCGAGCUCGUCCUCGUCGAUCCCAUCGACGCAGGCGACGUCCUGCGCUUUGAUGGCGCGUCGGAUCCGGACACCUUCGAGUCGAUUCGCGAGUGCACCCCGGUGCGGUACCUGCUUCUUGGACAACCGAUUAUCGAUGUGGUCGUUCGCCGCAGCCAAUCGCUUGCGAUCCCGCUCAUGGAUGGCUACGACGAAGCUUCGGAUGUGGUGCUUGCACUGCAGCUGCGGCUUUUGGGAAGCAACGCGCAGGUGCUCGUCUCGCUGCAGUGCAAUGAGGUGACUGUGAGCUCUGUGCUGACGCUAUCCGCCUCGACGCAGUGGACGGAGCUCCUCGUCCGCGCCACCGUGCCAUCGCAGCAUGGUCUCUCACUGCUCAUUGACAACCGGGAUACCAUGGUGUGGUCCAAGCACAUCUUUUACCGUGCCCGCGUUGUCGCCCGUGCCGACUAUGUCCACGCGUGGGACGCAUCCCGAGGCGCCGCCGAAGCGAUUUGCUGGAAACUCGUCGUUCAGCGUGCGCUGAAGGCCACGAGCACCAUCAUCGCUGAGCUCGAGGCGGACGAGGAGCGAUUGCUACGACAACAACGCCCUUCCACUGUUACGCAGGAAUCGGAAACCUCCUACUCAGAGCUGCUGUUUGGGUCGUGGCUCGGGGCGCGAUCGGACGCAGCGUGUGGCCAAUGCAUGGAGCCCUUCUCUCUCUUUCGCCGCGCGCAAGAGUGCCCCGUGUGCUUGAAGCAGUGUUGUGCCAACUGCACGCGGCACGUCAUUCCGCUACCGCGGUCGGGCGAUGACGGCUACGUGUGCGACCGUUGUUACUUGAAGGCGCUCGACAGUGAGCUGGCGACGCGGCAGCAACGGACGGACGGACGCGGUGAGAACGCGGCGCUCGAGGCGCUGCGACAAAACCCCUCCAUGGACAAGUACUUCAAGAUGCUAUCGUUUGGUGUCCCUGCAUCGGCCGUCGGGCAAAAGAUGCAGCAAGACUACAUUGAUGCGGACAUCAUCCACGUCUUCACAUCGGCCUUGGACCCGAGUGGCGCGAGCACGAGCGCACAGAGCCACGGUGCCGCGGCGUCGAGUCGAACGCCAAUGUUGCUGCGCAAGAAGAGCAAUCUCCGAAAGCUGCAUUGGACCGCGCUGGACGUUAAGAAGGUGGAUGUCCACGCCUCGAUCUGGCAUCGCCAAACCGACAAGCGGCGGAAGGCGCCGAUGGCCCUCUCGAGCAGCGACCUCGACCGCCUCGUUCAACUCUUUGGCGACAACACGACGGCAAAGUCGCUGAAGAAGACGUCGGCAAAGGCGGGCUUCUCGGCGCUCGACUCGCGUCGCUCCAACAACAUCAACAUUGCGCUCAGCCGGUUCAAAUCGAUCGCGGGGGGCGUCCACGGCGUCGUCGCCGCGCUGGCGGCCUGCGACCUCUCCAUCUUGCACGUGGAUCUGCUCCAAACACUCGAUGAGAUUGCACCGACGCCAGCCGAGGCAAAGCGCUACAGCCAUUUUCGUGGCAAAGUCACCGAUCCCGCCGAAGACUUUUUGAUUGAGCUCGUCAAGCAGCCGCGCAUUGCUGAAAAAAUCAAGUCGCUACUCUACGUCGUCCAGUACAAAGCCAUGGCGGCGGCCUUGCGCCAACAGCUCGAAGCAAUUGCAGUCGCUGCCAGAGACAUUCUCCAGAGCGAGCGGCUUCCCCGGUACUUUGAGAUCGUCCUCGCGCUCGGCAACGUGCUCAACGAAGGCACCGAGCACGCUGACGCGUCCGGCGUCACCCUCGCCUCGCUCCUUAAGCUCUCCGAGACGCGCUCGAUGGACCAAAGUAUCACGCUUCUCCAGUACCUCAUGACGCUCAUCCACGCGCGCGGCGAGACGGAUUUGUUCCAGAUUUUGCACGAGUUUGCAUCACUCGAGACCGCGCAACGCUACUCGAACGUGCUCUGUCUCUCGCAGUGUGCGCUGCUGCAGAAAGGCCUAGCCAAUCUCAAGUACGAAAUCAAGGAAGAGAAGCUCCACGAGCACGUGCUUCGGGAGCGCGCGCAGCAGCAGGUGCAAAAGCAGCAGAAACAAGCGAUCGUCCGGCAAAAUUCGGUGGCGCCAUCCGGAGGUCGGUCGGCGCUGCUCUCGGCUAUCCGCCGCCAAGCCAGCACGGUCGACGUCAUUGCUGAAGGCGACGAAGCGCCACCGCGCAGUGCCCUUCUCGCGGCAAUCCGGCUGCAGCACACCGACAACACUGACGAGGCCACCACUCCGCAGCAUGCGUUGCUGGCAGCGAUUCGCCAGCGUGCCGAAAGCAAGACGGAAUCAACGAGUCGCGUCGCCGAGGCUUCUCCGCCAGCAGACCCUCGCGCAGCCCUCUUUGCGGCGAUUCGCAAGAGAGCGCCCGGCACCGAGGCCGAUGUUGACAACCCUCGUGCUGCUCUCAUGGCCGCCCUUCGCACACCAAGCCCCGACUCUACAACAGCAAAGGCUGCCACGUCGGCGGACAACCCUCGUUCAGCACUCAUGGCUGCGCUUCGUCAGGGCCAGUCAACUUCAGCGGCAGCUGCUUCGCCCGACCCGAGCGCGACGGGAGGUCGUCAUGCGCUUUUGGCCGCGAUCCGCAAGGAAACGCAAAAUGUUCCACCGACGACGCCGGUGCCAGUCGUCAUCGCUCCCGUCGUCCUUCCCUUUGUGACAGUCAUGGAGAAGCAAGCCGCGGAUAUCGCAGAGGACCUCGCCAAGCUACAAGACGACGUGACCGUCAUGACGGAAGCGUGGCGUCAAGCCGCGCAGUACCUCGGCGAGAGUCCGUCCUCGAGCUCGGACUAUGUCCUUGGCUUGCUCUACCGCUUCAUCAUGGACGUCAAGGUUGCGUACAAGCUUCUCGUUGCGAAAGGCCAUUUACCGCCCGCGCAUGCGUCGACCACCAGCGUGGGUGACAGUAUUGCCACUGUGUUUGGUCCUGCCGUCGUGCUCGCGGUGCGGCAUGCUGGUGCGCAGAUCGAAGUCAAACUGGCUUGGGCACAGUCGGCCUUUCUGAACCCCGCGAGUAUCCUUCAACCGAGCGACCGCGUGAUGUGUCGCCUCUUUGGUUGCGGCAUCGUCACGGCCACAACCUAUGGGCGCGGUCUGCUCAGCGUGCGGUUCCCCUUUGGCUUUGCGACGUUGCGCGUCGACGAUAUUUUGUACAGAAUUAUCCUCUCCUCUGUCGACGCCCACAACCAAGCGCUCGAGAUGCGCCAUGGGGAUCCGAUUCGGACGCCGUUCGGGCCCGCAACGCUUCUCUCCGUCACGAGAGAAGGCGCUGUCUAUGGCUCCUUUGCAUCGGGCAUCGUGCAUGCGUUCAAUCCCAGGCUCGGCCAUCUCUACGUCCAUGUCCAAUAUGUCACGUUUGCGUGCUAA